GGUGUGUGUCUAGACUAUGAUGAUACUCAGCAACUUAGAGUAGUCUUGGCAAUCCAAGCUUAGAGCCUUCAAAUGGCUUUGUCACAGCCUCAGUUGGCCCUUUUCCUAAAUUUAUUCGUUCUUCUUGGUCUUUGCUUAGUCGCUGACAGUAAUUUCACUUGUCCCUGUGGUGAAAAUAUAGAUAUAUCUCUGGCUGACCUUGUCCCUUGCUAUCAUAGUGAUGGCCAAUCAUCAGCGGCAGUACUAACGACGCCAAGAUCAUGCGAUUCCUUCAUAUACGUGGCUACCAUUCAGGCAAUGAUCUAUAUGACUUCCAGGCGAGACCUGAACCUGCCUCUAAUUUACCUAGGCCCUGAUACAUCUAGCUGGUGUUACACCUUAUUUCCAGAUAUACCAACUUAUGAAAACCACCUGCAGGAAGCUCUCCCUGAGGUGAUUGGUGAGAUAUACGACGAGAUUAAUGCCAAUAUAACUAUAGGAGCUAUCAUUGGCCCACAGGAUCAAGAGCUCUCUGAACUAACAAGUUACAUCACUGGAAACAAAUUAAAAAAACUAACGGUAUCAUAUUCCACUCCUAACUUCAAACUCAGCAAUCAUACUCUGUUUCCCAAUUUUUACUCGACGUCUACUUCUGAUUUAUUUCUAAAUAAAGCACGCCUCCAGUUACUCUAUGAUUUCAGUUGGAGAAAAGUGGCUGUGGUUGCAACAGAUGCACUUUACGAUAGAGCUCAAAAUUUUUAUACACUGGCUAGUAAAAAUUUGUCAAUGGAGCUAAGUUUUCCGGGAACAUUUCGUGACGAUCCAACCAACAUACUCAGUGACUAUAAGGAGAAUAAUUAUCGCAUUUUUGUGGCCUUUAUUCCUUUUGAUAUUAGCAGAUACGUCAUUUGUAAAGCAAUGAGGAUGGGUCUAACUACCAGCCAGCAUGUGUGGAUAUUGCCUGGUAUAUAUGACUAUAUGUGGUGGCAUGACUGCACCUGUGAUAAUAAUGAUGAGUUCUGUAGUUGUAAUGAUUGUACUGAGGAGGAGAUGAAGUCUGCUAUACAAGGAAUGCUCUUUAUUGAUGCCUCUAAUCUACUAAUAACUAAUUCCAAUGAAUCUGAAGCUCAAAUAAGCUCCUUUCAUUGGAUAUUUAAUGUUUCUCGUGACUUGUUCUUUUCAAGUGAUACUAACAUUACAGAGGAUGAUAGGCAGUACCUGUUGCAUUCUCGUGCUCCUAACGCGUAUGAUGCUGUUGCUUUGUGGGCACAAAUCUGGCACGCUGCAGUAGAGGAUCUCUUGAAUAAAUCAAACGAUGCUUCUGCCACUUGUGAUGCCAUCUCUUCUAAUGAUCCAAGAGACUCUGAAAUGCUGACAGAAAAGAUGUUGGAUAUACUAGAACACAACAUUUACUGUGGCGUAUCAGGUCACUAUACUUACUCUAAAAACAAUGAAUAUGAAGAAUUUGGACAGGCUUUGGUGACACAAUUUCAAUCUGGUUCAGAGUGCACUGCUGGACAAUAUACUAACUACAAUGUCUCGUGUGAACGUCUCACACUGAUACCUAUCGAUGAUUCCCAAAGACCUGAUGUUAACUUUCAGUUAGAAUUUGUUAAUUUCAGUUUCUUUAAAAUUGAUUCCAAUAGACUCAUUGUACCAUGCCCAUACAGAUGGAAAAGCAGAGUGAAUGGUUCGUAUUGUCCUGAUUGUUAUACGCCGCCUACUGAUGGUGUCUGUCGUGAUGACUCAUGUAUCUGCUACAAUGAGCUUAAUGCAUGGACAAUGAGCUUUGCACUCUCACUGAUGAUAAUAGGAAUACUUACAGCUAUAUUCUUACUGAUAUUAAACUUUUCCUUUAGGAACAACAUGCACUUUAAAUCCUCAACUCCGAUAUUCAACAUUGUUAUUAUUGCUGGCUCUAUUCUAAUGUAUUUAUCAGUUCUGUUUCUUGUUUUCUCUUUCACUGGAAGUCGCAUAGCCAAGACUGAGGAACAAAGAGAGAUCCUUUUACCAGUCUCGUGUGAGUUUACAACAUGGCUCCUUAAUUUAGGAAUGGUACUGAUACUAGCAACUUUGUUAGCAAGAAACUGGAGACUUUAUAGAAUUUUUCACAAUUCAAAGAUUGUGAAUAGAAAUAAUCUCUCUAAUGCUCAUUUAGCAUUAAUCAUCAUUCUUCUAAUAUCUCCAAUGGUUUUAUUGUUAAUAAUAUCGACAGCAGUUUCGCCUUCAGAAUACAUCACUAGGAAUGAAACAGAUAACUGCCCCCACUUAAAUGUAGACGACUCCAUUACAACUACACAAGUAACGUACUUGUGUACCAGCUCAACAGAAUGGAAAGAAAUCCUGAUAAUGUACAACCUCCUCCUCUCCUGUGGUCUUAUCUUCUUCUCUUAUCAAAACGCAAAGAUCAGGACUCACUUUUCACAGGAGGGAGAGUUUGCUGCUAGAGCAGUAUUUGUUGUAUUUUUAUUUGUAAUUCCCGGAUUUCUCAUUGACAUGAUACUGCUCCUAGUAUCAAGUCUACCAUCAUUCUGGAUCGGUUUCAUAUUCUCUUUCUUAGCUCCAACCAUAAUACUAGGAGGACUCUUUAUACCCAAGUUCAUAUUUAUUGAUAAAGACAAGAAAGAAGAAACAAGAAUUGCCCGACAGACCACACUUACCAUGAACUAUGAGGACAAGAUGAAAGAAAUAACGCAUUUAAAGGCAGUUCUCUUACAGAAAGAAGCUAAUAUCACUACCUUUACUUCCAUGCGUACGCCUUCACCAAGGUUGAAAGAUUCACCAGCAACAAUGGAUACUGACUUACCUGCCUCAAAACACGUGACAUUUGAUGAUGCAUCGUGAACAGAGCAAACAAUCCUGACAUUAUAUGUACACAGAAUAUAUUUAUUCAUUUUUAAACUCUUUAUUAUGUCUUCAAAGCAUAAUGAUCAUCCUUCUAUUAUAUGUACUAUAAA